AUGGUUCUUGUAUACUUGUGUACACUAUUCUCCUUAUUACAGAAUUCAUCUGCGACAAUUGGCGAAUUUCCUAUAGCCAAAGGCAAAGUUCAGAUGCAACACCUCGAAAUUGCAAAAGAUAGGAAUUCUACAGCAACGAUUUUAUUCAAUGGAAACAAAUCAUAUGCAAUUGGCACAGAUUCCUUCGAUACUUUCACGAUCAGUCAAGACGGUUCGCCAAUUAUUUCAGUCAACACACUUGAUAAUAUAACUUUAAAUAUGGAAUCCUUAUCCGCGAGAAAUAUUGAUUUAUAUGGAGAUUUUAAGAUUUUAGGAACACCUCAAUUUAAAACUGUAAUAAUUGAAUCAUUUUUUCAAUCGCAAGUAAAUGGAUGGGUUUACUCAAUCACAAACGCUCCAGUUGACAACAAUAUGAUUACACAAUGUGGAGGCCAAUAUAUCCUCGGUGGGUUUGGUAAAUUAGCAAUGGGUGAAAUAUAUAAAGUAUUUACAGAUAUCCCUCCUCAUAAAUUACUCCGUAUUAAAGCUAAUGUUCAUUUUAUUGAUAGAUGGGCAGGAGAAUCAUGUUACUUAAAAAUGGAUAUAGGUAAAGAUGGAUCCAUGGAAUACGUAUGGACAGAAAGGAAUUAUAAUAGCGAUAGUGCAAUAAAUAUUUGUGGAGGAACCCAGGGAGAAUCCAAAUUCAGUGUAAACGUGGAUGUUACAAUUCCUCAUACAUCAAAUUCAGUAAAAUUGGCAUUUGGAAGUACAGUACAACAUGAAAAUAAGAUGGUACAAUCGUGGGGAAUAUCUAUUGUAGAAAUUAUUAUACGAUGA